CAUUUUUAACGCCAUUUUCAUGAAGACCAGCAUAUUUUUUAUCGGAUUCAGCAUACUCGAAAUAGGUUAAACAUCUAUGCUGGACCAAAAAAUAAUCAUUUGCCGUUAGAAGUAUUUUUUCUAUAAAUUGGACCAGACUGUGCUGGAUCUGAACAUCAUAUAAAACGACAAAAACUACUUUAAAAAAUAUUGUAAUAAGAUUUAAACGAAAUGGGUAUCGUUGCUUUCCUCGAAAUCAAAAAAUGAUAAAAAGAAUGCAGUGUUCCGAUUGUCCGUAAAAAGCCUUUCAAUAAUGGAAAAGUAUUAAAAAUGAAAUGAUUUUCUAAAAUAAAUUAGAAAAUCAUUGUAGGUAAAUACAUGUUUAACAAUUUUAAAAAACCGCUUUUGUGAAUUUAACUAUAGUUUAUGCAUAGCUUAAAAGGUUUUCUGUCGAUAUAGAAAAUAAAACUCUUGGUUCGCAAUGUCAGUAUCACGAGCAAUGUACAGGGACACUUAAUGCUGGUUUAUGCCUUGGAAAUUCUUCACAUCUUCAGUGUAGCUGCGACCGAGGUUUUGUAGAGAUGAACCGAUCAUGCACUGGAAAUUUAAAGCUUGGGGAACCUUGCAGCCUAGAUGAGCAGUGUCAACAAUGUAAUGGAACAUGUAAAGAAGGACAUUGUUCUUGUGAAAGUGGAUAUAUUCAAAUUGAAGCUAACUGUGUAAAAGGACAUAAAGUCCUCAAUGCCCCGUGCCAGUAUCAUCAACAAUGCACGAGUACACCAGAUGCAAGUUUAUGUGUUGGUAAUUCAUCCUCUUUCCUAUGUAGCUGCGAUGUUGGGUUUACCGAAUGGAACGGCUCAUGUAUUGAAUUGCCAGAGCAUAUAAUUCCAAACAUGGAGGGGACAUUCUUUGAUACCAGAGCUUUUGCAAUCUGGUCUGGUAUCAUCAGUUUAAUUUUUGGUGCUUCUGUAACAACACUUAUCUUUGCUGUCUGCAGUAGUAAAUUGCGAUCUGUUGAGAAUCCUCAAAACUUAAGCUACAAACAGCGGUCUCCCAACACAGAGGGUGUUACUUUGUUCAGAAAGACAAAUGAUGGCAGCGACAUGGGAAGAAAGACAAAAAGUUAUAAAAAGAGUGCUGCUAGCAUUGAGGUUGUCCAUGAAGAAAAGGAUCAAAAUCAUAGCAUUGAUCAAGAUCCAUGCCACUACAAUCAUCUAAAUGAGAAGGAGGAGAUUGAAUGUGUUAGUGAAAACAAGUAUGGUACAGCUGAAAGGGAAUUACAAAAUGACGCAGAAAACACUUACGCCCAAGUCCAAUGUCGCAAAGGCAAUUCGAAACAAUUGAUUGUUGACGAUGUUUACAUGCCAGUUACUUUAGAAAAUGAUUUGUAGAAGUGUAUAUAAUUUAAUUGUGCAUGUAUUUUUUAUUUAUUUUGCUUCAGAGAACAUUGUCAAGGGAAAACAUUCCCUUCCUUAAAUAAACUGUUCAUACAUUGUUUCCAAUAGUAAGUAUACAGAUAAAGGGUAAACACCAAAAAUAAGUUCGAGUAAGUUAUAGU